AUGGAGAUGUACGAGAAUCUAGGUCUCGUGGGAGAGGGUACUUACGGAUCAGUGAUGAAAUGCCGACACAAAGAGACAGGACAAAUAGUCGCCAUCAAAAGAUUUCAAGAUCGAGAAGAUGACAGAUUGGUCAAGAAAAUUGCUGUGAGGGAAGUACGAUUUCUGAAGCAAUUUAGACAUGAAAAUCUAGUAAACCUUAUUGAGGUGUUCAAGCAAAAGAAGCGUUUAUUCUUGGUGUUUGAAUUUGUUGACCACACUGUUUUGGAUGAUUUGGAACGGUUUCCAAAUGGUUUGGAAACUAAAAAGCUCAGAAAGUGCCUCAUCCAGGUGUUACGAGCCACCGAGUAUCUUCACAAGAACAACAUAAUUCAUCGUGAUAUCAAACCUGAAAAUGUCUUGGUCUCCGGGUCUGGUGUCGUUAAACUCUGUGAUUUUGGCUUUGCCCGUACAUUGGCUGCACCAGGAGAGACUUACACAGAGUAUGUGGCCACUCGCUGGUAUAGGGCCCCAGAGUUAGUAGUCGGUGACAACAAAUAUGGAAAACCUGUGGACAUUUGGGCAUUUGGAUGCAUGAGCAUUGAAAUGGCGACAGGACGUCCCUUUCUGCCUGGGAACUCUGACUUAGACCAGAUCCAUAAGAUAGUGACUCAAGUGGGAAACUUAACGCUGCACCUCAAGAGUCUUUUUAGCAAAAAUCCUGUAUUUGCCGGCGUAUGUCUACCAGAUGUCCAGAGGUCAGAAUCACCAGGAAAGAAGCUGGCAAAAUGUAAUCCUUUGUUGACUCUGCUGGUGAAGAAAUGCUUACAGAUGGAUGCAGACAAGAGAGCUUCAUCCACAGAGCUUCUAAAACAUGAAUAUUUCACAGCAGAUGGAUUCUCAGAAAAAUUUAUCCCAGAGAUUCAAGCUCAAGUCCUCAAGGAUAUGAAAGAUAAUCUGCUGUUAAUUAGAAAACGUAAAAACAUCAGCAAAGAAAUUUCAGAAUAUGAAAAGGCACUGCUAGCUGUAAAACAAAGCACUAAAAAGCAUGGAAAGGACACAAUAAAGGAUAAGGAGCCUAAAAGCAGGAAGUACAAACGUAUUAGCUCGAAAGGAGAAGCAACAAAGGCUGAUCAAGUAGAUCAUCCAGCUGUUUGGAAACCUUCUCCAAAGCCGCAGGAAGACGCUCUGGGAAAUCCUUCUGCAGGAACUGAAGAAAUAGAAGGAAGCCUCAUGGCUGGAACUGACGGAAGGUAUACUAAUGGCAGUAACACAAGUCCAGCAGUUACUUCCCUGAAGGAUCUGAACAAUGGUGGGGAAGGUGUGAACAACACACCAGUGACAACUAUCCCUCCCAUUGGCACGCAUGCCAGAAUAACCACUUCUGUGUCUCCGAACAAAAAUCUCAAUAAUGACACCAAUGAAACAUCAAUUUUGAACUCAAGGAUGCAAGAGAAAGUGAAGAUAAAAUCAAGCCCCUGUGGCAACCAGAUGACUGAAAUACUUCCAGCACCAGAUCUAAUUCCUGGAACCCCCUGCCCAAGAACAUUAUAGAAGAAGUCCUUCAUGAGAAGGACUUCAGUUGAUGAGGACACUGAUCUCGGUGAGCAACCUGUACAAACAGAUCAAGAGCUUAAUGGAACAAAAAAAAAGCCAAAAUCCACAAAGACAGGGAAGAGAGAUCUCCAUUUUCCUGAGCUCCCGUCAACUGGCUAUCCAGUGGAAGGGAAGGGGUUGGAAGGAAAAUGCAAGCUGCUGAGAAAAGAGUUGAGAAUCCCUUUGUUGGUGAUUUCUGACCAGGAUCAAACUAGGAACACUUUCCACCAGGCCACGGGAGAUUCACAGAAAGCCAGAAACUCUGCAUGCAGAAUGCAUUGCCCAGGAUGAAAGAUUUCCAUGUAAUAAAGCCUGUCAUUGCUGAUGGGAGAGUGUGCCACAUUUAUUUUAGCUAAAUUAAAACAAAGCCAUUUUUUGAAAAUUCUUUCUUUUCAGCACCUUCUUGAUGUGUAAUUCAGGAUAGAUCGCAGGGGGAGAUAAAUCUAGGGGCCUUGUACUCUUAACAUAGUUCCAAUUAGAAUUUUUAAAAUUGAAAUAUGCACUUGCUUCAAACUACCAUUCCAUGAGGAAUAAUGCUAAUUGCCAAAGUGGUGGGAGAAUGAUAAAAUAUAUUUGUAAAUUUUACAAUAAUCUGAGCAACUGACUGUUAUUUUUGAGGAGUUACUUAUACUUUCUUCUUGCCUUGUAAGACCUUGAACCUUUAAGUGUAUUUUGUCUAAUAGGAAGUUGUGCUGUACGUGGUCAGGAUGUGCUUAAGCUAGCUUCGAUUACUCACAGUUUUUGAUGAUAGAAGUAAUUCUGACCUCGG